AUGGAAGUUCUUUGGGUGGCAGUUAGGGAGGAAAAUCCACCAAGGCCAUUGAGAGACAGAAUGGAUCCGCUUAUACUCCCUGAUCACAUGUUGAUUAGACAAUAUAGGCUCCCUUGGCCUGCAAUUAUUUAUUUAGCAGAUAUGCUAUCAAAUGACCUGAAAAGGAAAACAAGGCGAUCGUCACCCCUUCCAGUUGUAACGCAAAUUUUGGCUGCCCUGAGAUUUUUUGCCUCUGGGUCUUUUCAAAUGGUGGUGGGGGGCACCCUGGGUGUGAGCCAAUCAUCCGUUAGCCGAGUGGUCAGAGAUGUUACAAAUGCACUCUGUAGAAGAGCACGGCAGUUCAUCAAGUUUCCAGCAACAGACGCAGAAUGCAUUCGAACCAAACAGCAAUUUUUUGAAAUAGCCGGAUUUCCAAAUGUGCUGGGGGCAGUUGAUGGGACACAUAUUGCAAUCAAAGCACCAAAUGAUGAGGAGGAGGCCUUUGUGAACAGGAAAAAUUUCCACUCGAUAAACACACGGGUCAUAUGUGAUGCAACGCUCCGAGUGACAGACCUUGUUGCGAAGUGGCCGGGUAGCACCCACGACUCCUUUGUUCUUAUGAAUUCAGGAACAGGCAUUACAUUUAAUGAGGGAGAAAUGCCCGGUGGUUGGUUGUUAGGAGACAGUGGCUAUGCCUUAAGACCAUGGUUGAUGACACCCAUCCUUCACCCUGCAACAGAGCCAGAUGAGCGCUACAGCCGGGCACAACGAAAAACACGUAGUGUUGUGGAGAGGUGCAUUGGGGUAGUGAAGUCAAGGUUUAGGUGUAUCGACCGUUCUGGUGGAGUGCUCCAGUACACUCCUGAGAGGGCAUGUACAAUUAUUACCUGUGCUUUUAUCCUCCACAACAUCUGCAUUAUGUACCGCUUGCCAAUCCCUGACAUCCCAGAAGAUGAUGACCCCGAGGGAGAUGUCCCAGUCCCUGCCCCAUGUAACACUGGCAUGCAAGUGAGACAAGACCUCAUAAGGAGGAGAUUCAUGUGAAGAAAAACCACAAUAAACAACACAUGAAAACCUC